AUGGUCGCGGAACAGAGCAAGAAGGCGAAAACUGAAGAGAAAGUCGAAGAGGAGCAAAUCGACGAAGAGCUCGUCCUCUCUAUGGAGAAGCUUCAAGAGAUUCAAGACGACCUUGAGAAGAUUAAUGAACAGGCAAACGAUGAAAUCUUGAAAGUGGAGCAAAAGUACAACGUGAUACGAAAACCAGUCUAUGACAAGCGUAAUGAAGCUAUCAAAUCGAUUCCAGACUUUUGGAUUGCUGCUUUUAUGAGUCAUCCUGCUUUAGGUGAACUCUUGACAGAAGAAGACCAAAAGAUUUUCAAGUUCUUGAGCUCUCUGGAAGUGGAUGAUGCAGAAGAGGUUAAAUACUCCAUAACUUUUCACUUCAACCCCAACCCGUUUUUCGAGGAUGCUAAGCUUACCAAGACGUUUACCUUCUUUGAAGAAGGAACAUCCUCUCUUGCACCAGGAACAACGAUAGCCACAGCAACUCCUAUCAAAUGGAAGGAGGGAAAGGGCUUGCAAAAUGGAGUGAGCCAUGAUGUUAAGAUAGGAGACAAACGUGCAUUACCAGAGGAGAGCUUCUUUACUUGGUUUACUGAUGAUCAACAUAGCGAGAAUGAGAUUAAUGAUGAGGUUGCUGAUAUUAUCAGGGAAGAUCUGUGGAUCAACCCUCUCGCCUACUUCAACAAUGAUUCUGAUGAAGAGGAUUCUGGUGGAGAUGAUGAUGAUGAAGAGGGAGAUGAAGAAGACGAUGAUGAAGAAGGUGAAGAUGGUGAGGAGGAAUGA